CUCAUUCCCAUUGCCCUCACUAAAACAACCACCAUUUCCAUUCCACCCCCAAACAGCCCAAGCACCAAACCCUUUUUCGGCGGCUCUCUCAGUAUCGGUUCUAGCACCUCUGAGCUUCACAAAGGGGUUUUGAAUCAACCACCAUCAGAUGGAUUUGUGCAGAUGUUUAAGCUUAUGGUCUGUUGCUACAUACCUGAAGUGCCUUCUUAGUGAGAGCAUCCAAAUAAUUCUGGGAUCAGAGUGUAAUUGCAUUUUGAUGAAAAUCUGACUGUUAGACCAAGAUGGAGGAUGAUAAUGGCCUAGACCUGAGCUUAUCUCUUCCAUGUGGUGGAGAUAGUAAUACGUCUAAGGGUAAAAUUGGCACUUCAUCAGAAAAUAGGUCAGACAUUAGUGACAGAGAUACCAAAUUGAUCAAUGAAUUUAAACAGUUUCUUGAUGGCGGCAACAUGCAAAUUGUCUCUGGAAUGGUGUCUCAGGGGAUUGAUUCUGCGAAACCUGAGAUUUUCUUCAGCAACCUUUCAAACACUCCUGCUGAUGUAGAUACUUCUAAAAACAUCAACAGUGGCGUAUUUUGGGCUGUAAAUGAUAGGCCUACUGAAGGUGAAGAAAAUAGGACAGAUAUUCGUGAAAAACGAAAAAACGUUUUUGGCGAGACAAGUAAACCAAAGAAGCAUGAGAAAGAGACUGACGGUAGUGAUCUACAAGACAAGGCAAGGGUGUCUUACAUUUCCAUAAAUACUGAUGAUGGUUCGACCGCAGAAAAUGAAGAUGUUGCAGAUUCAGAAGCUGAGGCUUCAACGUCUAGGCAGCAUAUGUUGCACCAGGAUGAUUUAGCGAAACGAUAUGCCGGAACUGCUCUAUCUGAGGGGCGCAAAGAUUUCCAUGGGAUAUCUGAGUCAAAUGUUGGAGAAUUACCAGGACAAAAGAGGUUUAUUAUUACAUCAGAAAGGGAAUUUAAGGUUGGGAACAUGCCUCAGAGUGUCCAGUUCCCUGUCCAGUCGGGUAACAUUGUGAGCAUGUCUCAGCCACUGCCUGCAAAGGACUCUAAACCUGAUGGUGUUGCCAGCAGACAACUACCUAACAUGAUGCAAGUUAUGGCUGCUACGAUCAGCGAUAGAACUGGAGGCCAACCUGUAUUGCCUGCAAAUGCACCAUUAGUGGUUAGCUACUCUUCGGUCCCGCUUCCAGCACUAGAUAAAGAUAAUUCUAGGCCAGUGGUUUCUCAUCUGCAGAUCCACCCAUCCUUUGUCAACAGGGUUUCAACACACUCAGAUAAGCACAUGGAUAAUCUGAAGAUAAGUCAAGUAGUUCCGCAAAAGAUGCCUGAAUCUAAGCAACACGAUGGGAAAGGAUUAUAUUAUGCCAUGGGGAAUGGUAAGCUGCUGGCGGAGGGAGGCGCUUCUACUCAGACAGAUGAUGAUACGAAAGGAAGCAAAGGGUCCAUCAGGCCAAAAGACAGACCUGAGCCACCAAGAACAGAAGCGUUUCCUUCUGAAUAUCCGACCAUAAAGCCAGGUAUUGCUGCGGAACUGAAAUUUGGAGGUUGUGGUUCGUACCCAAAUUUACCUUGGGUUUCUACAACUGCUCCUGGCCCAAAUGGCCGAACAAUAUCAGGGGUAACCUACAGAUACAGUCCUACGCAGAUAAAGAUAGUAUGUGCUUGCCAUGGUUUGCACAUGUCCCCUGAGGAGUUUGUUAGGCAUGCUACUGAAGAGCCUGCAAAGCCAGUUACUGGUACAGGUGUAUUACCGACUAGCAAUCCUGCGACCUCAGCUCAAAGCUGAUUUAGCCACGGAGAAACGCUGCUUUCUGCAUGGCUAGUUAUAGUUGUCAAGAUGCAAGAAAAGAAAGCUAUGUUUUUAAUGAGGUGUUGUUUCAAACUCAUCUCGCCAAUGAAAUUUUAGAAGCAAAUAUUUUGUUUGAAUGGCUGAGGCUGCAGCAAUUGAUAUGGUAUCCCGCAGGAUUAUGUAAUAACCCUUUGGUGCAUUUUUUGGUCAAAUAUGUCAUGAACAAAGCAUCCAUUGCAUUUAACGGUAGUUCAGAACAUUGAAUCUUCUGUACAUUAUGCAUGAGGGAGCCCUUUUUGAUA